CCUUGACCUUAAGAAAAUCGUUUGUUUUGCAGAAUUAUUUGGAAAACGAUACAAAUAGUAUAAGAAAAAUGGAUAUUCAUUCACCUUUGGAAACAGUGGGACGUGGGCUUCCCGGGCACAACGUACAUCAUGGUGGAUGCUACUUAGUUGGCACCUUCAAUCGGUCUGGCCAGAUCCCACCUUCUACUCGCUAACUCUCAGGCUCAUUUAGAAAGGCGCACCAGUCUUGGUUACCUUGUAAUCGGUGAUGUCUUGAUUGGAACGUGAUGCGGUCAUGUAGCUUCAUGCGCCAACUGCACACCAUUAUUUGAAGGAGGUUGUGCAAGGCUCUAUCCUGGGUCGUUGGUUGAGGGUGCGUUGUAGGUCGCUUGGCGGGAGGUAUGGGUGAAGUUGUAGCCUUCUAUGGUGAAUUGAUGAUGUGUGGGCUGUCUUGGCCUUUCUUCUACUAUUAAAUAUGAUACAUCGGUCAGAGCAUAUUGUAGAGCAAAAAUAAGCAAAAUUAAUCACCGCAUUGGCACUAGUCACACUACAAAUCUGUGUGAUCCAUGGGGGUCUUUGCCCCUGCUCGCUCUACGGACAUCUGAUAUUUAUAUUUCCCAACACUGUAUUUUUACCAAGUGUUGCAGAAUACACUGGGCACUGGCAGGUACAUCUUUACCAAGUGUCAGCUAAAAAACACUCGGAAAACAUGUAUUUACAAAGUAUACAAUUGAGUCCGGUAGUAUUUUGUUGGUAAAUGGGUGGUUAACUGAUGGAGAUGAGCUUGAAGUUUUAACACAUAUACGUACCGCCUGUACUGACAUUCUCUAUGUUAGUGAAGAGUAGUGGAGUAAGGAGACAUUUGAGAAGUGGAAAUAGCUGAUUUCUGAGGAUCGAAUGGUCAUCACUGAGUGUGCGUUUGCGCGUGGGGAAUGUGCACAAUGGUGCGCAAUAUAUGCAGAGUUUGGUGCGAAAGUCAGAAAUAAGAAAGCAAAGAGCAGAGAACAUGCGUCAUCGCUAGCUAAUUAACGCGAAUAUUACGUUCGCACGCAAAGGCCAGGUCGAUCGGGUACCUGGGUAGAACAUUUUGCUGGACACGCAAAGCACAUCCAGGCUCCUGGGAAGUGGUGGCCGUGCGUGUACCGUGUACAUAUGUUGAUAUGUACAUGUCAUGUGGACUUUAUCUUUUAGCAUUAUUCUCUAGAUCUUUCAGUCUUUGAGAAACAAUAAGAAUGCAAGUAGGCUGCAGGUGAUUGUUGUGGUAAACAAUUACACACAUAGGGAUACGCGAGGUGUGCGUGUGUGUGUGUGUGUGGAGAAGAAGAACUGGAGAUGCAUAAUAUUUGGAGGAUUCUGCAAUGGUGGGACGACUGGCAGCUGCGCAUCCUCGUCCUCGGCAGCCUGGGCCUCCAGUGGUUCCUCCUUCUGGCUGCCCCCAUGCGCAAGUUCACCAUCCCGCAUUUCUGCCGGACAUGCAUCUGGCUGGCCUACAUUUGCAGCGACGCACUGGCCAUCUACGCGCUCGCCACCCUCUUCAAUCGCCACGCAAGGGCCAGCAGCAACCUGUGUGGCGCUGCGGAGGCUGCUGCUGCGAAGCAGUCGAGCAGAAUCCUGGAGGUCCUAUGGGCUCCCAUCCUCCUCAUCCACCUGGGUGGGCAGAAGGAGAUGACCGGCUACGAGAUUGAAGACAACGAGCUGUGGACGAGGCACACCGUGACCCUGGUGUCCCAGGUCGCGGUCGCCCUCUACGCCUUCUGCAAGUCGUGGCCCAGCGCCAGCGACUGGAAGCUGCUGGCGGCCGCGGUCCUCCUUUUCGUCGUCGGGGUCGCCAGCUUCAGCGAGAAGCCGUUCGCUCUCAACAGAGCUAAGAUCAAGAGGCUGGCGGCUGUGUCGGCCUGGGUGCAAGGAACCAAGAAGCCUUCCAAGUGGACGGAGCGCAUCAACCAGUUCUUCUUGUUCGAGGAGAGCAGCUGCUUCAGUCUCUCAACACCGAGCAGCCGCUCAACAACCGACCUGCCGUCUCAACCUCAACAUCAGGAGAUGGCCAAGGGAAGGAUGAUGCAGCGACGAGGAUGGUGCGGGAGGAAGAAGGACGACAAGACCAAACCGGUGGCCUUGUCGGAGGCAGACAAAGUCUUGAUGGUGCUUUCGGACAUGUCACUGCUAGCUGCUGCCAAUGACCUGGUGGCACGAAACAAAGCUCUCAGGGUGGAGGACGUUCUACCACCUCUCACCGUCGCCGAGAAAGCAUUGCCGCGCUGGUUGCGCAAUGCGUUCGCCUUCAUCUACACCCGAGCUACCGUGGUUGUCACUCCUCUUUACCUGUUCUAUCAUCUGCUGGUGGUCCCGGUCCUGCAUAUGGCAGCCCUGACACUGUUCGCAACGAGCGACAAGCACCCGUACAAGCGCGCCGACGUGAAGAUCACAUACAUCAUCCUGUGCCUCACCGCUGCGCUGGACGUCUUCGCCGUCUUCAUCCGCCAGCUGCUAUACCGGCUCAUGUCCAUGACAAGAGUUCCAGCGCUGUGCGAGACGGUACCUGGAUAUAACCUCAUAGACACUGCUCUCUGGGAAGGCGACAAGAGCAUCGGGUGGAUGUACAAAUUCACUGACCGCAUGGGAUUGAGAGACUUCAACUGCUUUUGCAUUUGCAGGCCUCGAUUCGGUGAACUGUAUGGAAAAGUCACGCAAAUCGUGAUUACAGAUUUGGUGGAUGCGCGAGAUCGAGACCUUGCCAGUUACAGAAUCUUCGAUGAUGAUUCAAAUACCUAUGAGGACUCCAAAAACUGGGCUCUAAGCAAGGACCUGCAACGGCACUGUGGUGCUGAGAUAAGGAAAAGCUUGCUUAAAGUCUCAUUCGACCGAAGCGUCCUCCUAUGGCACAUCGCCACUGAUCUUUGCGACCGCUGCAGCAUUGCCGUUGAAGCUGAUGAUGGUGCUGGUCCUGGUCCUGGUCCUCAUGGAGGUGAAGAUGAAGCAGCAGCAGAAGAAGGAGCAGCAGGAAUAGAAGAGCCAGAAGCGCAACAACGACACAGGUGGGUGGACCCAACAUUACGGCUUCAUAGGGACUGCACAAUUGCAAUAUCCAACUACAUGGUGCACCUGCUCAACGUCAACCCCGAGAUGCUGCUGACUGGCAGCAGGCACCAUCUCAUCUCCGAAGCCGUCAAGGAAGUCAACAAAUUUCUUUUGUCCAACAAGAAGAAGGGGGACACGUUGAGCCAACAAGACAUAGACCGCAUUCUCCGCAUGAAGCACAAGCCAGUCGAGGUCGAUGGUGAGGAUAAUAACCAGGUUUUCCACAUCAAAGAGGCAUGCAAGAUUGCGAAGGAGUUGUUGCAGCUGCAGCCCAAAACGCAGUGGAUGCUAAUGUACCGGGUGUGGUUGGGCAUGCUCUGCUACUCUGCCAGCAUGUGCAGGGGCUACCUGCAUGCCAAGAGCUUGGGUGAAGGUGGAGAGUUCCUCUCUUUCGUCUGGCUUAUGCUCGCCCUCAAGGGGGCAAAGAGUUUGGCCGACAAGCUUCAGAUGCCGCCUGAGACAUAAGAUUUGAUUUACUCUAGACCCUGUAGGUAUGCCGUCUCGUAUGUGUACCUGCAGUUUGCUUGGUUUUUGUUUGUUUGUUUGUUAAGCUUUUUGUCAUAGAAUUCGAUGUAUCGGGUGUGUUAUUUUGCUCUUCUCGCCCCUUGAGAUUGUAUGAAAAAUACUUCUACAUUUACAUUUACGGCA